AUGCUUUCAUCUCAUGUUCUGCCCGAUGGCUGUUUGUCAUGCGUAUACACCUCGGCCAGCCUCAAUCGCUUUUCGGCCGCCUGUGCUGAUGCCGUCGACUGGCCCAGCUCUGGUUCAACAGACCCCGCCCAUUUGGUAGCAUUUGCCAGCGGUCGGGCCGUCUGCUUGGCCGGCGCCACGUCUGGCUUGCUCGUCAAGACCCCGUCGCCUCCGGUUGCGCCAUUCAGUCUGCGCCUGUUGCGCACGCUGAUCGGCCAUGGUGACGAUGUGUCGGCUGUCAGAUGGCUUCGUUGCUACCCGCAGACUCGGCCGUCCCAUCCCGACUCUGGCCCACCACCGGCCAAAGACUCGGCAAGUUGGCCUCUUCUCGCCUCGGGGUCGGCGGGGGACGGCGAGAUUUGUGUUUGGCGCUAUGAACCCACCUUGGAGUCAAGCGCUUCGUCUGAUUGGUGCCAAGUUCGUCGCCUCCGACUCCUGGAUACGGCGUCGAAAAAGAGCUUAAACGGGUUGGACGGUCAUGUCCUGUUGGACGGACAGGUAUUGUCAGAUGUUGCCUCUUCUGGGAUCUCGGUUGCAUACCGUUUUUGCAAAAUACUUUCCUAUUGA